CUGAUCCUCGGUGCCAAGUGCCACAUGGUCCGCGACGCGCAGAUCCUCGAGAAGCAGCUCAUCGCCAAAGAGCUGGAGGAAGAAGAGAAGCGCCUGGCCAAGAUGAUGGAGGUGGAGAGGAAAAAGGCCGACGCGCUGCAGGAGGAACUGGAGCACCAGAGGAAGCAGGAGCUCCUCAGAGGGAAACAGGAGCUCGUGAAGCAGAUUGAGCAGAACGCGGAGGAGCGGGCUCUGAGAGCCGAGCAACAGGGCCAGGAGGCACAGGAGCUGCUGGAGCACCUGGAGCAGCUGAAGAUGGAGGACCUGAAGGACAUGGAGAGGCGGCAGGAGCAACAGAAGAAAAUACAGGCUGAGAUUAAACGCGUCAACGAUGAGAACCAGAGGCUCAAGGAGGAGCAGCGGGAGCAGGAGAGGAUGGCGGAUGAGCGGGUGCUCGAGUACCAGAGGCAGAAAAUGGAACACGAGGCCAAGCUUGAAGCUGAGCAGGAGAGAAUCCGUCGGGAGAAGGAGAAGGAGAUAGCACGCUUGAGGGCCAUGCAAGAGAGGGCCCGGGACCACCAGGCAGAGCGG